AUGGGUCUCCUCGCUUCAAACAGUCUCCGUCUACUCCUCGGCUUGAUCAUCACCAUCAGCCUCAUCGCAUUCCUAUCACCUUCUUCAGUACCAAACGUCAAAAUCCCCGACUCAAUCCCAUUCAGGAUGCCUGCUGCCCUGCGCGGUCUAGAAGUCUCGCUUGAGCAGACGGAAAAGUCACCCCCCACACUCGUGGUGAGCGUCAAGAACAACAAUGAGGGUCCUGUGACGCUCCUCACAUACGGAUCACCCCUAGAUCCUUUGGCGCCUCAGCUCGGUAUGCUGUACAUCACGCCCGAGGCGGAGACGGAGCCGUUGGAGAUUACGCAGCUAGAGGUUCAGAGGCAGUGGCCGCCUGCCGACGACGCUGUUGUGGAGAUUGCUGCUGGGGCGAAGAAGGAGCAUGAGCUCACUCUCAUGGAACCUGUUAUUCCUAUGGACCUGGUGUUUGGCAAGGCGACUGUUCAGCUCAGGGGCAAGUGGCAGGCUGUCUGGCCCACUGAGAAGAGCGCUGUGAACCAGACGGCCCUGGAGGCUGGCGGAGCGGGAGAAGAUGCUCUCACGGGCAGUUUUGAGUCGAACAUCAUCGACAUUGCCACAGACUAA